AUGUGCCCAGCGUCAUACUUCAACCGGCCAGAGCCGAACUGCAUAACUCUCGGCGGACGAGAGUUCCCCAAGGUCACCUGGUGGAAACGCAAGAACCUGCGCAACCUUUACCUCUUGCUCCUCAUCCCUUUGGUCGGAUCUUGGGCUGAGGGCUACGAUGGUAGCAUGAUGAACGCGCUUCAGACCAGCACGCAAUGGCAGAAUUUCUUCGGCCACCCUCGUGGCUCAUUACUCGCCUUCUACAACUUGUCAUUCGCCAUUGGUGCACUCGCUGCAGUCAUCCCUUUCCCCUGGGGCGCCUACUUCGCGGAUAAGAUAGGUCGUCGCUGGGGUAUUGUGUGUGGCAACGUUGUCACCAUAAUCGGCACCAUCCUUCAAGCCGCUUCGCAGAACUUUCCUAUGUUCGUCAUUGCCCGUGUCCUCCUCGGGAUGGGAGUAACUAUUUCCCAGAGCAACUGUCCCCUGCUCGUGACGGAGCUGGCACAUACCCAGCAUCGGGCUCGUAUUACGGCUAUGUACAAUGCCAACUGGUAUUUUGGAAGCAUCAUUGCAGCUUGGGUGACCUUUGGCACUAUUAACAUCAACUCAUCCUGGGCGUGGAGGAUUCCUUCGCUUCUUCAGGGAGCAGCUGCCAUCAUCCAAAUCACCAUGAUUUGGUUUGUGCCCGAAUCGCCCCGCUACCUCAUUAAUAAGGAUCGUCAUGACGAGGCGUUGAGGAUUCUAAAGAAAUACCACGGUGAAGGUGUAAUGACCGAUUUCGUCGCCGCUGAAUUCCUCGAGAUAAAGGAGACCAUCGCGCUCGAGAAGGAGUACAGCCAGCGUGGCUGGGCAGAACUCCUUCGCACCCCCGGAAAUCGCAAGCGAGCUCUUAUCUGCUACCUUCAAGGCUUCUUCUCGCAGUGGUGUGGCAAUGGCCUGAUCAGCUAUUAUCUCGUCCCAGUUCUUGACACCAUCGGCAUUUCAAAUAGCAACGAACAGGCCGGUCUAAAUGGUGGUCUCCAGAUUUGGAACUUCAUCGUGGCCAUAUGGGCAGCGUUCAAUAUCGAUCGCAUUGGAAGACGUCCCAUGGUGCUUUUUAGUACCGGCUCUAUGAUCGUUAUCUUCACCUUGUGGACCGUCUUUUCGGCCUUGUAUGUGCAGAAUGAGAACUCUGGGAUGGCGAAAGGCGUUAUCGUCAUGAUCUUCUUCUUCUAUACGGCCUUCAACUGUGGCUGGCAAGGCCUCGUCGUUGCGUACCCAGUCGAAAUUCUCCCUUAUGAGCUCCGAGCCAAGGGACUGCAGCUCACCUUUUUUGGCAUUUCUUCCAAUGUUGUCAACCAAUAUGUCAACCCGGUCGGUAUUCAGAAUGCAGGAUGGAAAUUCUACAUCGGUGUGCCAUUGGAGGAGAUCGCCAAGUUGUUCGACGGCGAAGAUGCCAAAGUCGGCGGUACGGCCGCGAGCACCCAGGCCAAGGAGCAUCUUCGUGACAUGAAGGAGCGAGGCUUGGCUGAGCAUACCGAGGUCGUUGUGGAGUACACGAGGGACCUGGAGACGGGGGGAGGCACAUGA